GCGUCAUUUAGUUCCGUUUGGUCAGUUGGCACGCCCUUGGGCACACCCUGCCGUGCUUCAUUCUAUACCCUGCCUUGCCAAGUCUUCCGUUGUUGUGGAGUGAGUCUGGAUUCCGUGAAAUGUCUCUGAAAGGUGUCCGUAAAGACGACUUUGCCUUACCGGGGGAAGACAGGUGGUCUUCGUGGACGCUCGGUGAGCCCACAUCCCGUCCUCCUCCGGAAUACCCGUCAGAAUGGUUCGCGGCACAUCCGGGAUUGAAGCCGAUCGCUCGCAUAAAGCGCUGCUUCGCUUCGGAAGACGAUCUCGCGAGAUUCGUGUCUGCCGGCCUGGCUUCCGGCCGCUUGCCCGUCGAGUACGUCGUCCAGUUCAUGCACACGGAAGGAGCAAAGAUCAAGGAUACCCUAACGGAAGAUUGGAAGUCGUUCGGUGUGACCAUCGGCUGCGCUGGAGAAACGAUAUCGCCGUGGGACCUUCUGACUAUCACUGAGGAGUUGGGACAGGGCAACCUAGUCAGCGCAGAAACGCCGGCCACGCCUAACGAUGAUCGCAUGCCCGACCGCACUGGCCUCUUCGCUCUCGUGGUGUGCAUCUACCGCCUUCUCGUAGCCAAGUGCCACGGAGGAAGGCCAGACUACAUAAAGCGCCUGCACGACAACAACCUACGAUUGAUCUUGCUGAUAUUUCAGUGCAGUGGUCAGUAUUUAGAGGAUGCUGAGGAGAAAUUCGGCGAAUGGAUUAAAGACAGAUCCUACCUGUCGUUAAUUGCUGCCUUGGACAUGUUCCUGUACCACUUUCGCCGUCACGAAAUGGCUAUCCUGAGGGCAGGAACCCACGUAUCGAGAUACAAGCACUGUACCGUCCUCAACGAUAUCGCGCAUGUGUGCUGGGUGACCGAACUGGAGACAACUGAGCUUUUUGAGUGGGUCUUUGUUGAACGGGCCGCGGACGAACUUUACAUGAUCCAUCGAAAAGGUCAGGAGCUGUACGUCGCGCAUUCUUACGCACCGUACUUGAGUGACCUCGGCCUGUCUCAGCGUUCGCCGUACUCUGCGACCGCCAACCCGUUGAUUCACUACUGGUGCAACGCUACAGCAGCACUGAUGGACUCAUCGCAGGGUCAGAAAUCGAGAAUUACGUACCACGGUGAUCUCUCCGGUGCAACCAUCAAUGCCAUGGUACUUGCUUACGCAAAGUGGGAACACAGCCUCACACUUCUCGGACCAAUACUAUGGAAAGUUGACGAGUAUAGACAAAAGACUCUAGCCAAAGAAAAUGCCCCUAGGGAAUUUGGCCAAAUGCCCAAAAUGUUCAAGGCUGCAGAAUGGUACCAAUACCUCUGGGAGAAGUCGUUCAUUAUUGACCCUCAAAUUUCCAAACACUGCCUCUCCAAGCUUCGCACUGUUAUGCGUAACGGCUCAGUGGGAGCCAAAUUAGUUGAGCUUAUUCCAAAGUAGUGUAUGAAAGUGCCUUCUUUUUUUUUUUCUCCGGGCCCUUCAUCCACCCGGUCUUCUAUAUAAAACCGCAUUGAAGAUACCCAUGGUGCCUAGUAUCUCCUAUUUCGUUACAUUGAAUAAAUGGUUUUGAGCCGUUUGUGCGUUUA